CAGGCAGGUAGGACGGGAGGGUGUGGCAACCAAGAGAGCAUUUAGCGUGCAUCGCCGGGCCAAUCCAGCGCUCUAAUUGGCUGCUGAGACUUUGACAGACGCGCUCGUCCCUCCCCCCCUCCGGCUGCCCGCUGAAAGUGUACGUAUGUAUGUGUGUGUGCGUGUGAGGGAGCCGGCAGACUGAAGCGAGCCACAGAGGCAGCCUCCAACUCCAACCCAAUGAGCUCGCAGCCCUCACACUCACACACACUCCUCACACACACACUCUCUCUCUCCUCAGCGCCGGCUCUCCGCUCUCGCUUCAACCCUGGGACACAGAAGAAGAAGGAGGAGAGGAGAGAGAGAGAGGCAGCGAGGGGCAGAGAGGGAGAGUGAGGGCGCGGGAGUAAGAGAGGAGAGAGGGAGAGAGAGGCAGAGGGAGACUGGCGGGGUGUGAGGGAGAACACCAUGGCUUCAGAUCCGGGGCUGGCUGCGAUGCUGCUAUGGACUAUAUCACUACAGGCUCUGGGCACCGCAGGAACUAACAGCAACGAAGUGAAUCUACUGGACACGACGACCAUCAUGGGAGACUGGGGCUGGCUAACAUAUCCGUCACAUGGGUGGGACGCCAUUAAUGAGAUGGAUGAAUACUUCAGUCCCAUCCACACGUACCAGGUCUGUAACGUGAUGAGCCCCAGCCAGAACAACUGGCUGAGGACAGUCUGGAUCCCUCGAGAGGGAGCGAGGAGGAUCUACAUUGAGGUCAAGUUCACCCUGAGAGACUGCAACAGCAUGCCUGGAGUCCUGGGCACCUGCAAGGAAACCUUCAACCUGUACUACUACGAGUCUGACAGAGCGGUGGGCUCGGCCAUACGGGAGAACCAGUUCAUUAAAAUUGACACCAUCGCUGCUGAUGAGAGCUUCACAGGGGUGGACCUGGGAGUCCGCAGACUUAAACUCAACACUGAGGUGCGAGGCGUAGGCCCCCUGAGCAGACGAGGCUUCUACCUGGCCUUCCAGGACAUUGGUGCCUGCAUCGCCCUAACCUCCGUGCGGGUGUACUACAAACGCUGUGUGGGUGUGAGCCGUAACCUGGCGGUGUUCACCGAUGUGGUGACGGGCGCAGACUCGUCCUCUCUGGUGGAAGUCCGGGGUCAGUGUGUGGAUCACGCAGAGGAGAGGGACACGCCUAAGAUGUACUGCAGUGCUGAAGGGGAGUGGCUGGUGCCCAUCGGGAGGUGUGUGUGCUCUGCCGGAUUUGAAGAACACAGAGACUCCUGCGUGGCCUGUGAGGUGGGUUACUAUAAGCCGGUGGCGGGCGACGGUCCAUGUGGUAAAUGUCCUCAACACAGCCACUCAGAGACCAGAGCUGCCCUCUCCUGCCCCUGCGACUCCAACUACUAUCGAGCGGCAGAUGACCCAGCAGCAGCUCCAUGCUCCCGCCCUCCAUCUGCUCCAGUAAGCGUCAUCUCUUCGGUCAAUGGGACAUCUGUGAAUUUAGAGUGGGAUCGGCCCCUAGAUACCGGAGGACGCAGCGACCUGCAGUACAGCGUGUUGUGUCAGAAAUGCUCAGGGGAAGGGGGGCCCUGUGAGAAGUGUGCAUCCUACCCAGGAGGCGCCAGUGGAGGGAAGGCAGGGGCGAGUAUUGGAGCCGGGGGAGGAGGGAUUGUGGAGCGUUUGGGCAAUGCAGCAGUUCGAUUCGUUCCCCGCCAGGCCGGGUUGACAGAGCCCUGGGUGACUGUGCUCAACCUGGUGGCUCACACCAACUACUCCUUCCGCAUCAUGGCUAUGAAUGCAGUGACACACCUGAGCAACGAGCCGUCACCUUAUGCUAUGGUCAACAUCACAACGAACCAGGCAGCCCCCUCUGAAGUCUUAGCGAUCCGCCAGGAGAACACCAGUCAGAACAGUGUGACUCUGCUGUGGCACGAACCCGACCAACCCAACGGCGUGAUUCUGGAGUACGACAUCAAAUACUAUGAGAAGGAUAAUGAAGAGCACAGUUACUCCACUUUGAAGUCUAAAAAUACCAGCGCGCGAGUGUCAGGCCUAAAGCCUGGCACCAAGUACAUCUUUCAGGUCCGAGCCAGAACGUCAGCAGGCUGCGGACGCUUCAGCCAGAACGUGGAGAUCCAGACUGGAAAAGCAGUUCCUCUGCGCUACAACACCAUGACAAUCAUAUGGAUCUGCAUGGCCCUGGUGUCCGGCCUGGUCACCUUUCUGGCCAUCAUCAUCUGCAGGAAACGGCAAGGCUACACUUUACCACACUACCCAUCGCUGCUACACUGUGGAUACAGCAAAGCCUUCCAGGACUCUGAUGAGGAGAAGAUGCAUUACCAGAACGGUCACGUGUCAUUCCCCGACGCGAGGUUCUAUAUCGACCCGCACACAUACGAGGACCCCUGCCAGGCGGUCCACGAGUUUGCCAGAGAAAUUGAAGCUUCCAGGAUCAAAAUAGAGAAAAUCAUUGGUUCAGGGGAGUUCGGGGAGGUGUGUUAUGGACGCAUGAGACUCCCGGGGAAGAGAGACAUCCCAGUGGCCCUGAAGACCCUGAAGGCGGGAUACACAGAGAAGCAGAAGAGGGACUUCCUGGCUGAGGCAUCCAUCAUGGCUCAGUUCGACCACCCUAACGUCAUCCGUUUGGAGGGAGUGGUAACCCAAAGCAAACCGGUGAUGAUCAUCACAGAGUACAUGGAGAACGGCUCUCUGGACUCCUUCCUCAGGAGACAUGAUGGUCAGUUCACCAUCAUCCAGCUGGUGGGGUUGCUGCGCGGCAUUGCGGCCGGUAUGACCUACCUGUCUGACCUGGGCUACAUCCACAGAGACCUGGCUGCCCGCAACAUCCUGGUCAACAGCAACCUGGUGUGUAAGGUGUCUGACUUCGGCCUGUCCCGGGUACUGGAGGAUGACCCCGAUGCUGCAUACACCACCAGUGUGAGUUUUCACAUCGAGGGAGGGAAAAUUCCAAUCCGCUGGACAGCCCCAGAGGCCAUCGCCUACAGGAAGUUUUCCUCCUCCAGUGAUGUGUGGAGCUACGGAGUAGUCAUGUGGGAGGUGAUGUCCUAUGGAGAGCGACCAUACUGGAACCUCACCAACAGAGAUGUGAUCAAAUCUGUGGAAGAGGGCUACAGGCUGCCUGCUCCUAUGGGCUGCCCUGGUGCUCUACACACCCUCAUGCUGGACUGCUGGCAGAAGGAUCGCAACGAGAGGCCACGCUUCUGCCAGAUAGUCACCGUUCUUGACAAGCUAAUCCGCAACCCAGAGAACCUGAAAUCUAUGGACACACUCUGCAGUUUAAGCAGUCCUCAGCUGAUGGACAGAGCUAUCCCAGACUUCAGUAGCUGUAACUCAGUAAACGAGUGGCUGGACACCAUAAAGAUGAGCCGCUACAAGGACCAUUUUGCAGCAGGGGGGUACCACACUCUGGGACAUGUCAUAGGCAUGAACCAAGGGGACAUCCAGAGGCUCGGAGUAACGCUGAUGGGCCACCAGAAGAAGAUCAUGACCAGCGUCCAGCUGAUGAGGGCACAGGUCCUCAACAAGAGUGUGCCGUCAGUGCACGUAUAACUCCGACACUGAGGUUUCUUCCUGCUGAAAUCCAGAAACCCAGGCUUCUACAAGGUCUAAAAGGGACUCCGUGGAAUUAAAGUUGAUCUGAUAAAUGGAAGAAGAAAAUAUGUGGGAACUUUACAAGACUUUUUCCUCAAGAUAUCGAAGAACAAAAUGUGAAAGGUUUUAACUGUGGAGCAAGUAAACAUGACUUCUUUGGGACAAGUCCGACCUUUCUUUUUUUUUUUUUCCUAUCCGAUUGCAUUUUCUGGGUUUAAAUGUCUUGUUUAUAAAUGAAAAGACUGCCUUAAUUACCACAAAUUAUUUUAAUUUUAUUGUCUACAAAGAGAAGAUAAUUUAUUAAUCAUGAAUUUAUCAGAAAAUAUGAUUUACUGAACCGGGCAAUAGCAAGAGUAAAUGGAGUGAUGUAGAGGGAGGUGGUGGUGGUGGUGGUGUUGGGGAUAGGGGCAUGGUGCGUAGCUUGUUUUCAGAUGUUCUGAGGACACUCGCUGCCUCUCCUGCAGCAAUAGCAUGAGGAGCAUGAGGCCCAGAACGCGGCCUGAGUCAGACAAAAGUGGAGAAAAAAGUGAGAUAGGGCUCACCUGAGUUGCCAGAUCGUCUCCAAAGCGGAGAAGACCUAUUUCACCCGAGGCUAUUAAUACUAACAACAGGCACAUUUCUCCGCCGUCCAACCUUGAUGAAUGAACCCAGGAGAGCCCAAGAGCCCUCUGCCCAGUUUGAAGCUGCGAGGCGCACAACUACUGUACUUGGAAGAUGUGUAUAAUUCAGUUACAGUGCACUUUAUUCUACAAUCUCUCUGUGGUGGAGAGGCGUUGCAGUUGUGUCAUAAAUCUCCUCUCAGCCACAACUGGAGCCACAAUGUUAUUAAAGAGUUAGCUGUUUGGAAAUUUUACAUAAACAAUGUCUAACUACAGUAUGAAACCCCAGCAGAGGAAAGAGGCGCUCACUCAUGAGAUUUUGUCACUGUGACAGUAAACUAAAGAAAAUCUAUGUAAAAUGAAUGCCUACAGUAUGUGUUUAAAUAUGCAUACUAAAUAAUACUGGCAAUUUCAAACAUUGUGAUUUACAUCUGAUGCAGUUUCAGUAUAUUUGGGGAUUUCUUGCUAUACCUCGUAUUUCAAAUUGAUUCCAAAUGCAAAUUGCAUUUCAAUACAGGUCUAAAUGUAGAGUAUAUAUUUUAAAUGUGCUCAAGUAUUGCAAACCUAUUUCAGUUUUGGGUGUGGAAGUUUUCUUUUGGUCUUAAACUAAUCUUAACUAGGUUGACUUACUAUCACUUAAGGCCAAAUUCCACCAGGCACGGAUGCAAUGCAUUUCGUGUGCACUGCGGCCAACGGAGCUAAUCGUGGCCGUUCUAGUCAAUGUUUCAAACACCACCAGAAGCGCAGUACAGUAUGCAGCUGUUCUAUUUUUGACGGACACCGUAGCCUGCGUCAAUCUGCACAGAGCAGCUCGAGCUCACAGAGUCAGACACAGAAACGGCAUAGAGAAUUUAUAUGAUUAUAAUUAGAGUCAAUUUUCAAAAUAAAAUACCCUGUGCAACUUUCCAAUCUUUAAAAAAUAGCCAAAAGGGAAACAGUUUAACUACGUAGGAUAUUUACAUGUUAGGAAGCACAUGAAGCAGAAAAAAAAUGACAAUGAACAAAGUCUGGCAUGCAAAACGCUUCUGUUGGGGUUUGAAGUUGCAUGGAAAAUGGACCAAAACAGCGCCACAGCCACGAGGUGACCGGGACGUGCUCGGUGGGAUUUUGGCUUUAGUAUAGUGUAAUGUCUAUUAUCUAUACGAUUAAUUGUCAUCAUGUGACUAAAGUUCCGUACUUACAGUACCAUUAUGACAGCUGAGCAAACUUGAAGAGCCUGGUAAGAAUGUGGUUGAAAGCUCCAGGAAAAACUAGUGAGUGGACCCCAAGUUAAGAUUAUUUUAUCAAACUCUUUCAGUUCUGUUUACUAUAUUUGAAAUUGCUAAAAAAAAAAAAAAAAAUCUAUUUUGACUGUAUUCUUUGUUUACUUUCAGACACAGAAAUACAUUUCUUUGUAGAUUAACGGUAUGUUUGAAAUGCCUUCGGAUCCCACACAUCAAAAUGUAUUUGAAAUGUUUGAAGGACAAAACUGACAUUAUUUGUUUUGUUUUUUGCUUUGUUUGUUAGCAAAGUAGCUGGCAGCAAACUUGUCAAAGCAAAGCAGCUAGUAUUAAUGUUAACUGACAACUAGAUGCUAACUUUAGGUUUUACUACAUGAUCUAGUUCAUAAGCUAGGUGUACAAGAGGAUAAUGCUAUAUAGCGAGGCAGAAUCAGAUUCGUUAGCUAACUGCUGCUAAAAUAUAUAAAUAUAAAAUCAGUCAGAAGAAGUUAUCAGUAAAAGAAGCACAAAAUAUCUUUGUUUCAACACUAAAAACUUGUUUACAAUGAUUGUCAAAGGCCUACCACGUGGCUGCCAGUGUAUCAUUAAGCACCCCAUGUUGGCUUAAUAUAACAAUGAUCCAUAAUUUCUCAUUUAAAAAAAGUUUGAAUUAGAGCUAUAAUUACAAUUAGCAUUUGAAUUAAUUUUGCCCAUGACUGCCAAACAUUUAAAAAUGUUGUAUGACUUUUUUAUAUUUCCUUAAAUUUUCCCUUAACUAUUAAUCCUUAAAAGUCUUUAAAUAUUAACCCAAUAUAAAUAUACUGUACAUCUUUUAGCUUUCAACCAAAAUUAGACGUAUAUUAGAGUGGAUAGUCCACGAUGCCCAAGCGGGUUUUUUCAACAUAAUCAGAGUAAUAUCUUGCUGGGAGGGUGUGUUACACCUGAAAGCCCUCUUAUUCUCCCCGGCAUCUCUGAACAAAAUGUUACAGAAGCUUGUUUAAUUCAGGGGAUGUUUUGGGAUCAACGUCAGCACUUAUACAGUUUAGUGCAACAAUCCCCAGAGUGCCCCGGAGUACAUACCUGAACACAUCUUCUGUGUGAAUGCUGGGAAUAUAAUACACAUGAGCUACACAGACUGUAAAAUAAAGUGUUACUUCUGAUUAAAUAUGAUUACACUGUUUGCCUCAGUGUUGAUGAAAAGGUGAAGAACAUGUAAGUAGAAUGUUUAUAUCGAAACGCUCUCAAAAAUCUAUAAUCAGUCCUAAUUUUUGCCCCCCUCUGUGCCAUCAAGAGAAUGUCUUUUUCUUGUGCACCUCGGUAGGUUUUCCUCUAGAUGAUUGAUGUCAGUUUUUAUUAGAGAAGAACCUCAUGAUAAUUCUUGGAUAUGUAUCAUAGUGACAUUUCACUACAGAUCUCCUUUUUUUUCUUUAGGAUGCUUUUAAAGACACUGGACUUGAACUGAAAACCCAUAUUUUAUAAAGUUAGGAUAUGUUUUUGCUAGAUGAAUUGAUUUAUAAUGUAUACAGCAAGUUCAGUCACUGGAAGGAAGAAAAAAAAAAGAACAACCGGGUUUAUUCACAUUUCAUUAUUUAUUCAUUCUCAUUUGUUUUCCAAAUAAUUCAACUCUAAGAGGUUUUAUUACAGUUGAUGAAUCAUCCUUGUUGCUAAUGAUAAAUGUGCAAACUGUCCAUAAAUACACAAUAAAGGAACGUUUGUCUGUG